AUGCUGGCACAAUGCUUUUCAUACUCCUCACUGACACAAUGUCUGAACAAGCUCAAUCUUCACAGGCCACCACCACCAUUCCCCCCAUCACCCCUACCAUGCAAAAUUGUCACAUAUGCUGCUGACAUUGUUUUGGAGGAGCUUUCUGGGCUAGAAUCCAAUAGAAACAGGCAGUACUGGCAAAAGGCAAUGAAUGUGAUCUGGGAACAACUGGGCCAUGUUCACCCAUUGGUGGAAGAACUCCCCUCCAAAUCUACCAUUCCCACCCAUCUCAUUGCUGCAGCAAAGUGGAUGAAAGAUCUGGCCAUGCUCACAGAAUUGAAACAAUGGCCAGACUUUGACCAAAUUAGGGAUGCAGGGGACACCAAUGUUGUCAAUCACCCAUGGUAUCAGGUGGGGCAGCCAAUGGACAAGGGAAAGGGUCAAGAGGUCCCAUCAGAGCCCAUUCAGCUAAAACAAGAAGCUGCCUUCCUCCCCCCACUGCUUGCCCAAAGAGUCAGUGGCCCAGGAAGCAUGCAAAGCCUGCCACUGAAAGUGAUGCUGAUGAAGGUGCAGCAUCUGUUUCUUGAGCUAUUUGUGGUUGCUCUGUGGCCCAUCUUGCCACUCCCACUGCCAACUACCCUGUUGUUGCCAAAGAAGACUGAUGUGCUAGAUGCAAAGAGAAGAACUUCCCAUGUGUGGUGGAACUGGGGUCAGCAUGCUGGCAAUGCAGCUGUAUGA